UCUAGAAAAAAAACUGAACUCUGUGCAGCAAGAUGGCUGACACAGGAAACCUCUUAAGUAAAGUCCAGUUCAGCUGCCCGAUUUGUCUGGAUUUACUGAAAGAUCCAGUGACUCUACCCUGUGGACACAGUUACUGUAUGAACUGCAUUAAGAGCUGCUGGGAUAAGGAGGAUCUUCUUGGUGUUUACAGCUGUCCUCAGUGCAGACAGACCUUUAAACUAAGGCCUGAUUUGAAGAAAAGCACCAUUCUGGCUGAAGUGGUGGAGAAACUGAAGAAUACUCGAUUGCAUGCAACUGCUCCUGCUGACCAUUAUGCUGGACCUGGAGAUGUGGAGUGUGAUUUCUGUACUGGGAGAAAACACAAAGCUGUCAAGUCCUGCCUGGUAUGUUUGGCCUCUUACUGUGAAUCUCACCUCCAGCCUCACUAUACGUCUCCAGCUUUUAAGAAGCACAAGCUGGCUGAUGCCACUGGACAUCUGCAGGACAAGGUCUGUUCCCAGCAUGACAAACUUCUGGAGGUCUACUGCCGUACCGACCAGCAGUGUGUCUGUCUGCUGUGUGUGAUGGAUGAACACAGAGGCCAUGAUACAGUCUCAGCUGCUGCAGGAAGGACAGAGAAGCAGAAGCAACAGGAGAUCGCACAGAAGGAAUUCCAGAAAUGGAUCCAGGAGAGAGAGAAUGAAUUACAGGAGAUGAAGAAAGCUGUGAAUGCACUGUCACUCUCUGCCCAAUCAGCAGUGGAAGAGAGCGAGAGGACCUUCACGGAGAUGAUCUGCUCCAUUGAGAGAAGACGCUCUGAGGUGACAAAGCUCAUCAGAGAUCAGGAGAAGGCUGCAGUGAAUCAGGCUGAAGGACACAUGAAGAGACUGGAGCAGGAGAUCGAUGAACUGAAGAGGAAACACUCUGAGCUGGAGCAGCUUUCACACACAGAGGAUCACAUCCAUUUCCUCCAGGGUUGCCAGAUUCCCUGCGUCCCCCUUGCAUCUGCUCCCCUACCCAGCAUCCCUCUUGUCCCAUCUGGCUCAUUUGAGAAUGUGAAGAAAGCUCUUUUUGACUUAAAAGCACAACUGGAGAGAAGCUGUAAGGACACAUUAACUGGGAUGUCCCAAACAGUGAAAGAUGUCUGUGUCCUAAAGGCUAAAAAAUGCACUUCAUUGGAAAAGGAAAAUCAUUUACAGAAGCCAGAGCCCAGGACCAGAGACGAAUUCUUACGAUAUGCCUGCCAUCUCACACUGGACCCCAACACGGUGAAUAAAUACCUCUGCCUGUCGGAGGGGAACCGGGUGGUGACUCGUGUGGAAGAGACGCAGUCGUACCCCGAGCACCCAGAUCGAUUCGAGCAGAAACCACAGGUGCUUUGCACAGAGAGCCUGUCUGGGCGCCAUUACUGGGAGAUAGAGUGGAGCGGGAACCGGAUCAGCAUGGCGGUGUCAUACCGGGGAAUCAGCAGGAAGGGGGGGAACGACCGGACUCUCUUUGGAUACAACGACAAGUCCUGGAGUUUGUACUACUUCCCCUCUAUGUAUAAUUUCUGGCAUAAUAAUAAAUGCUGGACGGUAUCCGGCCCCCGAUCCUCCAGGAUAGGGGUGUACCUGGAUCACGGGGCAGGAACUCUGUGCUUCUACAGCGUCUCUGACACAAUGACCCUCCUGCACAGGGUCCAGACCACGUUCACUGAGCCCCUCUAUGCUGGCUUUUACCUCUAUGGCAAAGGAACUACUAUUAAACUCUGCUCCCUGAGCUCGUAGAGAAAGCAGAUGAUCAUAGUGUUUCUUACAUGGCUUUUCCCGUUUAUGUUUUUUCUGGGGAACGUUAUAUCACGGCCAUCUGGCCAGUGGGAUCUCAGGAGGGACCUGCUGGUUGAUAUGUCCUCCUCGGUAACUCAGACACCAGCAGCCUUUGGCCAGUGAGUCUCUGCCUUGUUUUUCCUGUUGAGACUGAGCGCACAGUAGGAUUCUGUUGAUAUAAUCCUUGAGAAUGACCAAAAUGACUAACUCUUGAAAUUCUGUAGUGUAGUAAUUUUAAUGUAUAACAAAAAACAAUAGAUAUACGAGACAAAAGACGAUAAGAAGAUGUGUUGCCCUCGAAUCUAGAGUGUACCUCUGGUUUCAGUCUCCCAACCCAUCUGAUAGCAUGAAGACAAGGUGUUUUAGCUUCUGAAGUCAAGGACAUGUUCCAGUGUUUCUCUGAAGACUAAACUAACAGACCUUAUGGUGCCACAUGAAAAAAAACAUCAGUUCACAUCAGAGGUCACAGGUGUGGAGAACAGACAUCUCAAUUAAGAGACAGUAAGGCCAGAUGCAGAACACGUAAAAGUCAUGAAAUAUCAUCUCCAGCCAGUGACUGUGGGCCUUGAACAAAGACAUUAUGAAAUAAACCACUAAGAGAAAAACCACAGAAGGCAUCAGCUUGUAUAUUUUGGGAACAAAAUUAGUAAAAAAAAAAAA